AGCGGCCGAGGCUCCUAGGUCGUUUUCCUGCAGACACGGGAGAAAGCAGGCGGCGGCCCGGAGAGACGAGUACCAGCUCAGAUUGGGUCAGGCGCUCACGAGGACACCCCCCGAGGGCCAUCCCAGAGGCCCCCGCGCCACCGAGGUCCUAAGGAGCCACACCGCCUUCUUCCGCCGCACGUGGUUCCAGCGCGAUGCCCAAAUCCAAGCGCGACAAGAAAGUUUUCUUAACGAAAACCACCAAGAAAGGCUUAGAAUUGAAACAGAACCUGAUAGAAGAACUUCGGAAAUGUGUGGACACAUACAAGUACCUCUUCAUUUUCUCUGUGGCCAACAUGAGGAACAGCAAGCUGAAGGACAUCCGGAAUGCCUGGAAGCACAGCCGGAUAUUCUUUGGCAAAAACAAGGUGAUGAUGGUAGCCUUGGGUCGAAGCCCGUCUGAUGAGUACAAAGACAACCUACACCAGGUCAGUAAGAAGUUGAGGGGUGAAGUUGGCCUCCUUUUUACCAACCGGACGAAGGAAGAGGUCAAUGAGUGGUUUACGAAAUACACAGAAAUGGACUUUGCCCGAGCUGGUAACAAAGCAACUUUCACCGUGAGCUUGGAUUCAGGGCCCCUGGAGCAGUUCCCUCACUCCAUGGAGCCACAGCUGAGGCAGCUGGGGCUGCCCACUGCCCUCAAGAGAGGUGUGGUGACCCUGCUGUCCGACUACGAGGUAUGCAAGGAGGGUGAUGUACUGACCCCAGAACAGGCCCGUGUCCUGAAGCUUUUUGGGUAUGAGAUGGCCGAAUUCAAGGUGACCAUUAAAUAUAUGUGGGAUGCACAGUCAGGCAGGUUCCAGCAGAUGGGCGAUGACGACUUGCCAGAGAGCGCACCUGAGUCCUCAGAAGACUCAGAGGAUGAAGACGACUGACUCGGACUCAGGACCUAAGACCUUCUGGCAUGUUCUGUUCUUCCCCAGCCCACACAGGACUGCGGCACAGCUCUGAGGAAGCAGCUAUUUAUUUUGCUGUGGACGAGGACAAAGGGUAAUGGGGACUGACGUUGUUUCCAUAAAGAAUAAAACUUUGUCCACAGGGUGUUCCCCUGUAGAUGGCAAGAGACUCUUAGAA